CUCGGAGGGCUGCGGCCCUUUCUUUACACCACCAAUUCUCGUGAUUUCAGAUGAUGAACGGUUUCUCUAAGUCGUUGCUAGGAGAUAGUGAACACAUUUUCCAACCUCCCUGAUUCUGCAUCUCGGGUGUCAACCCGUGUUAUCCCUUUUAAUUUUACUUUUACCUUGCACCUUCUAUCUAUCUUCACAUAAACCAUGGCCCAUGAUCCUCGCCUGGCACACACAGGGACUGCCACUCCCCCACCUCCUCCACCCCCUCCUCCGGAGAGUGCCUGUGCAGAGACAGCCAACGACAACGGCCCCGAGUCCCAGCCGGCAGAUGUGACACCAGCCGCAUCCGACUCGUACAAGCUCAAGUUCUGCACAGUAUGUGCCUCGAAUCAAAACCGGUCAAUGGAGGCUCACCUCCGUCUCUCAACGGCGACAUCUCCCUUCCCCGUCGUCUCCUUCGGAACGGGCUCGCUCGUCCGCCUCCCGGGACCAUCCAUCACCCAACCCAACGUCUACAACUUCAACUCAACCUCGUACUCCCAGAUGUAUGAAGAGCUCUUCUCCAAGGACGAACGGCUGUACCGUAGUAAUGGCCUCCUGAACAUGCUGGAGCGCAACCGCAACCUCAAAUGGGGCCCCGAGCGCUUCCAGGACUGGGUGCCUGGCGCGCCGCGCGUCGAUCACGUUUCCAAGGGUGACAAGGGCGCUAUCGGCACCGAGGGCGGCGUCGUGGAUGUCAUCAUCACCUGCGAGGAGCGGUGCUGGGACGCCGUCGUCGACGAUCUCAUGAAUAAAGGCUCCGUGCUUAACCGACCCGUGCAUGUAUUCAAUGUCGAUAUCAAGGAUAACCACGAGGAGGCUCUGGUGGGGGGCAAGGCCAUUCUCGAACUAGCCAAUAAACUCAACGAGGCUGCUGCCCUGGAGCGUAAAGCGAAUGGGGACCAGGGCUGGGAGAAUGGCAAUGGUGAAGCGCGUCGGAGUUUCGAUGAGAAGGUUCCUGAGAUUCUGGCUGCGUGGCAGGAGAAGUGGACGAAUUUGCCGGCGUUGUGGACUUUGGCUUGGUUAUAG